AGUGAAAGCCUCUCGAAGGAGGAGGUCCAGCCGACUGACCUGCGGAGGUCGGUCGGGCGGGGCUGGCAUCCCCGGGCCGAACCGGAUCAGCCUAGCGGGCAGUACCCGCCCGCCGCGCCUGGCCCUGCAGCCUGGACUUUCUUCCGCCUUCUUCAAACAUUCCUGGCUGACCCCUCGACGGGGCUCUGGGCUGGGGGCGCGGGCGCAGGCGCUGCGCCUCCCGGAGUUUCCCCGCCGCCCCAGGCCGGCGAUCACGCGGCUACAACGGUACUGACCGCACUUAUCGGUUCGAGACGGUGAGGGCGCCCAGACGGAGGCGCCGCCACCUCGCGCCCCGCCUCGGCCGGGCCUUGGUGCCGACGGCCGCCGUCUCCCGCAGAAAUCUCAGGCGUAGCGGAAGAAGGAAGCGAAAGCCAUUGAGAAACCGGUUGGACGUCAGGCUCCGGAGCACGUCUGGGAGUCAGGCAGGGCGAGGCGGGCCCGAGAUGAUGCUGGGCUGGGAACUCCGGUUCCCCUUUCUCCUACUCUUUCUAGCGCGCCACACUCCUCCAGGCUAUGGCAAUGAAGGUAGCAUCGCUGGAAGUUGUCCCUGUAAUAGAAGAAUUUCUUCCCACUCCCCUCCUAACGAUCAAUACAUGGGACAUCUCCGAAAAUACCUGAAAGUCUAUCAACGCUGCUCUUCCUACGUCAGGUUCCAGCUACCCUUGGGAAAUGUGUGUGGAGGCAGCGGUGACCGGUGGGUCCAGGAACUGAUGCGCUGCUUUGAUCGUGGAGAAUGUGGACAUGCUCAUGCCAGGAGUGUGGCCCGCCAGGGACAUGUACCUCCCCGCAGCACCCAGGUUCCUGAGCCCACAGAAAAGACACCUUCAGCCACGGGCACCCCUGCACAGAAGUACCUGCCAUCCACCCAGCAGCCUACCCAGCAGCCCACCCCUCCAGAAGGAGCACCUUCGUUGGACAAAAAGCUCAUCCACACCAAUGAGACUACCACUUACACUUUGGGCCACCGUCUGGGGGCAAGGCCUGGGGCCAGGGGGAACCAGAAGCAGCUGGAAGAAAAUGUGGCUCCUGCAGCUGGGACAUCAGCCAUGGUGCCGGUGCUGUCCCUCUUGGGCAUCGUUUUCCUCCUCACUGGAGCCCUGCUCUACAUGCUGUGCAGGAAGAGGAGGGAGCAGUCACUGCAGUGUCCUCCAGAUUUGCACCUUCAUUAUGUGCGUGUGGCAGCAGACGCCAAUGCUUAAAGAAUGGAAGCUUGUGAGGGCAGAUUAUGAUUUAUUCAGUAUCAAAUGCAGUUAAUAUACUAGAGCAAUCCCUGGCACAUGGUACGCACUCUCUACAUAUUUGUCGAUGUUUAAUACACAACUGACCAGCCACUGCCCUCUCCUAGACCUUCCCUCCAUGUUUUUUUUUUCUAUGCUGUAAUGUAAAAUCACCUCAUACUAGAUAUCUUGUACAAAUUCUAUACGUGGCUUUUUAACUACUAAAACUUAUUUUUAUA